AUGUACCAUCGUCAACCACCUGUCCUACGCCGCCAGUCCCAGCCUUCAGCUCUUCCUACCCAGUUCACGUCGUCGUCGUCGUCGUCACCGACGUUUUGUGGGCUCCCGUUGAAGUAUCUUUCGCUUGUCACACUUGCCGUUCAGAAUGCAGCGCUCUCCAUUGUUAUGCAUCAUUCCCGAGUAUCGACACCGCCCUCAUUGUCAUAUUCACCUGCUGCUGCUGUUCUCCUCAAUGAAUUGCUCAAAGGCCUUAUAUCAUUCAUCAUAGCCCUUUCGCGUACACCUGAAGUAGCGGAGCUGCCGUGGAGGAGAAUGUCCUUUUCCGACAUGAUAUUAUCUCUUCCAUAUCCAUGGACUUCAUCCUUUUGGUCCUUAUGCGGUGAAAUAUUUAGUCCCGAUUGUUGGAGGCUUUCUAUACCAGCCAUCCUUUAUGUCGUGCAAAAUUCGCUUCAGUUUGUUGCAAUCAGCAAUCUCCCUGUCGCGUCCUUUCAGGUCACCUAUCAAAUGAAGAUUCUCACAACCGCCGCCUUUUCCGUUGUCCUUCUCAGGAAAAAGUUGACACCCACGAAAUGGGUCUCCCUCUUUUUUCUCGCCAUUGGUGUUGGCAUCGUACAGAUUCAGACAUCUAAUGUCAACGAAUCGCCCAAAAACACUCCCGUUGGAAGCGCUCAUGAUUCCGCCCCUCUUCAUAUCCACGUCAUGAGCCCCUUGAAGGGUUUCGCUGCUGUCACUGCCGCAUGUUUCACCUCUGGACUUGCCGGUGUUUACUUCGAGAUGGUUCUCAAAAACUCCAAAGCUGACCUUUGGGUCCGCAACGUGCAACUUUCGCUAUUUUCAAUCAUACCCGCCCUUCUUCCCAUUCUUUUCUCCACCCCUCCAUCGGCAAAUUUUCUUUCUCAGCUCCUCAAAAACUUCGGUCCAUGGGCGUGGGCUACCGUGACAAUACAAGUGUUCGGUGGCCUUGUCACUGCGAUUGUCAUCAAAUACUCGGACAACAUCCUUAAAGGCUUCGCAACUAGCCUCUCGAUCAUCCUUUCUUUUCUGGCCUCCGUGGUUCUCUUCAAUUUCCACAUUACUCCGUCGUUUACUAUUGGCGCCUCCACUGUUCUAUGUGCAACGUGGAUGUACAAUCAACCCGCUGGGAAGGAACCACUUUCCAUCGUAUUGUCAUCUACCAAGCCGGAAAACACGGCUUUCACCCCAGUUGAUCCCAGGGAGCCCAUUAUCGGGGAGAGUCCGAAAAAGCAGCCCUCUCCCUUUAGCAGCCCACGAGCUGUGGCGAGUGCGCUUGGAAUUAGUCAAAGCACAGAAUCAAAUGGAGCUCGUGUUUCCAAUACGCUAUUCCCUGAAACGAAUGACUGUCAGAGAUACAAUUUCGCACCUUAUGGAUCGCCCUAUUCCUCACGUCCCCCAUCCCGUGUGCCUUCACGCUCACCUACACCGAAGCCACCGCCUUAA